CUAGUUUUCAUAGCCCAUGUGAAAGCAGGACAAAAAGGGUUCUAUGGUGGUCUUUAAGGAAUUUUGUCGAACACGUGGUGUCUAUGAUGGACGGUAAGUGUGUGUGAGAGAGAUAGAGUGGGGCUACAGUGUGGGGAUCCUGGGUGGUGGCAUGGGUGGGGGCGGAGUCGAUGGCAUGGAGGUGGGUGGGGCUGGAACCAUAGACAGACAGAAACAAAGAGCUGGGGAAGAAGAUAGAGAAACGGAGAGAGAGGGAGAUGAAGAGUACCUCAUUGGUGGUUCUGGUGGGUCACAUUGGUGGUUCGUCCUUGGAUGCUCCGACUGA